UGACCCAUCAACGUGGUAUCGACUUGGUACUCCCGACACUAAGGCAGACUACAAUCUCUAUUGUAACGUCUCGAGCCACAUAUAUGAGUGACAAUCCUGCCAGCGUCGGCGACCUGGGGCGUUAUUCAGUCCAAGACAGUCUUGCUUUUCACACAAACACAUCUCGGGGCCUCUACCUGGUCUUGUCUCACCUUCUCUUUAUAAAGAUUUAAAUUAAAGGCCUCUUUCACAAGAUAUUCACUACUACGCAUAGGGGUACUGAGCUCACUUCUCCCCAUCCCACUACUGCCCUCGUCGGGCAGUCUCGAUUGUUUAGGCUUGAAUCCAGUUACGCGGGUUGCGCCGAGACCAUGCCAGCAGUGAUCCCAACCACUGUAGGUGUUAGCAUUGAGGAGGCACAGUCGAGUGGAACAGAUUUCGAUACUACAAAUGGCGUCGAAACCGUAAAUGGCCUUCAUAAAAGAAUGAAUGGCGUAAACGGCCUGAACGGAUUGAACGGCCGCGCGGAAACAUGGCCUGGGUCUGCUCGUCCGUCGAGUCGAGGUUCUUCCAAUGGUACCGGCGUUACUGAUCACCAUACCGCUCAUGAGUACGAAGCCGGCGGGCCAAGAUCUCGCCCCUUCGCACACAUGCGGACCUGGGCCGAUGACCCCAAAGUAAUGGCCUUCCCAAGGAUUUCAAAGCCAAUGGAACUAAUGAAACAUGCCUAUGAUUGUGUCGUCAUUGGGUCAGGGUAUGGUGGAGGCGUUGCUGCGGCGCGUAUGGCACGUGCGGGCAAGCAUGUCUGUGUUCUCGAACGUGGCAAAGAGCGCUGGCCUGGCGAGUUUCCCACAGGUACGGGAGAUGCUCUCGACCAACUGCAUUAUUCAGGCCAGAUAGUACCGCCAUGGUUACCCAAGAAGGUUGUCCACGGUGGUGAUCCCACUGCCAUGUAUCACCUGAUCUUUGGUAAUGGUCAAAAUGCAUUGGUUGGCAAUGGACUUGGAGGAACGAGUCUAAUAAACGCCAAUGUCUUCCUAGAGGCGGACGAGGAUGCACUACAGCUGGAACAGUGGCCCAAAGAAAUUAAGGACAAUAAGGGUUGCUUAAGGGAAUACUACGACAAGGCUGCCGAGGUCCUCGAACCUGAGGAGUAUCCGGAUGACUGGCCAGACCUACCUAAGCUUGAACUUCUCAAGAGGCAAGCUCAAUAUCUCAAUAUGUCAGAGAAGUUCUCGCGAGUGAGACAAACUACGCGAUUCCGCAACGGACCAAACAGCUGUGGCGUUGAGAUGUCUGCCUCUGCGUCUACUGGCCAAGAUGCCACUGGCUUGAACGACGGCUCAAAGAAUACCACGCUCGUCACCUACCUGUCAGAUGCAUGGAAUUGGGGCGCGGACAUGUUCUGCCAAUCGGAGGUACGGUAUAUCACCGAAGCUUUCAAGGAUAACGGUGAGAAAGACGGCUACAUUGUCUACUUUGCCUGGCAUGGAGGGAACCGUGGCCACUUUAAAGCCAAUCUCCAUGAUGACUUAAUGUGGGUUCAUGCGAAGGAGGCUGUGUUUCUCGGUGCUGGUGCUAUUGGCUCAACCGAAAUCCUGCUGCGGAGCAAGCAGAUGGGCCUGAAAAUGAGCGACAAGGUCGGCCAGAACAUGAGCGGUAACGGAGACAUGUUAGCCUUCGGAUACAAUACAGACUACGAGGUCAAUGCCAUGGGCAGACGAUUCCCGUCGCCAUAUCAUCCAAUCGGGCCUUGCAUCACUGGUAUAAUCGACAAUAGGAAAGGUCAUGAGAAUCCACUAGAUGGCUAUGUCAUUGAGGAAGGUACCAUUCCAGGGGCGCUUGUACCUUUCAUGCAGACGCUUCUCGAACUCAUGCCUGGCAGUAUUGAGACAUCCGACGAGUCUCUUUUCGAUAGAGUGAAGGCUAACCUUGCGCGUGCGGGAAGUUUCUUCCUCGGACCGUACUUUCGUAAAGGUGCAAUCGAGAGGACACAGGUUUAUCUCAUCAUGUCUCAUGAUAGCAAUCAAGCAUAUCUGACGCUGAAAGAGGAUAAGCCAGUCCUUGAAUUCAUUGGUGUCGGCCGUAGCGAUCAUGUCAAGUACUUGAAUCGUAUCCUUGAGAAGGCGACUCGAGCUGUCGGAGGAACAUUCGUGCAAAAUCCCUUCUAUUCUCUUCUGGGCCAGCAGCAAAUCACAGUCCAUCCUAUUGGCGGCGCAUGCAUGGCAGACUCUGGUGACAUGGGCGUGACAAACCAUGCUGGUGAAGUGUUCACGGGUGACGGCACAGAUACUCACGAUGGCCUCAUUGUCACGGAUGGUGCAAUUCUUCCAUGUUCUCUGGGAGCGAAUCCAUUUGCAACCAUUACUGCUCUGGCAGAGCGCUCAUUAGACCUAUACGCAAAGCGCAAGCAGCUGAGCAUCAGCGCCAAGAAGAACGAACUGCUAGAUCUGUUCGGAUCCCCUGAACACCCUAAGUAUCGUCGCAAGCCUUGCGUUGAGGACUGUCAUGUGCAUGUUGAAGAGAGAAAGGAGGAGGAAGAAAUCUACCACGCACACAAGUCAAUCACGUCUGCUCGUCGCCUGAAAGACGGCGGGUUUGGCUUUACUGAAGUGAUGUCCGGCCACAUUCACCGCCUCCACAACGACAGCAGCAUGCUCAAAGACAACAUUGACGACUACGAGCUAGCAGCGAGAACUGCCAAGUCUAUGUGUGAGACUGCACGCUUCUUCCUCAGCGUGCAAGCGUUCAACACGAGAUCCGUCGUGAACGACCCCAAGCACUCAGCCAACUUGACAGGCACUUUCUCCUGCCCAACACUGGAGGGCUCUCCAUUCAUGGUUCGACGGGGAAAUUUUAACCUGUUUCUCGUCGAUACCAAAGCGCCUGGAACUCGAAACCUCACCUACGAUUUCGACAUGUUCGGCACAAAUGAGCGGAGACUCCAUUUUCACGGCUAUAAGGUAGUCGAUUCUUCGGUCGCACUUUCGCCGGCGCAAUUUUGGAGAUCUACAAGUACGCUUUACGUCCAUAUAACAGAGCGGCCCCCUAAGGGAACGCGGGAGCAAGGCGGCCAAGACGAAGACUACUGUCCAAAGGGUAAAGUCAUUGCUCAGGGCAUCAUGCGAAUUCAGCCAAAAGACUUUCUUUCCGAGAUACUCACGUUGUCACCAACAGGCAGCAGCAUUUUCAACAAAAUAAAAAGCGUUGCGAACUUCAUGACUUUCUUUACACGGAAAUCCAUGAACUUAUUCUUGGCGCCCCUGACGCCACUACAAUAUCCCAGCCCGGCAUAUACAGGCUUCGUCAACAACACGCCUCGCACCAAAUCGUACAAGAUCACAGCUCGUGACGGUGUCAGGACGAGCUUGCAUAUGUGGGAACCAACAAACACGUCGGUUGAAACCAAGAACUUGUUCAUGAUACCAGGUGCUUCCGUGGAUCAUCAAAUCUUUGCGCUACCUACCAUUCGUAUGAAUGCUGUCAAUUACUUUCAGCGUGCUGGUUACCGCGUGUUUAUUCCGGUCCAUCGUAUCGGCGUGCUCAUGGUAGCCCAGAAUGACUGGACCACGUUUGACGCACGGCUGGAUCUACUGGCGUGUCUGGAGUUCAUUCGCAAAAGGUAUCCCACCUAUGCAGAGCCUGUGCAAGAUAACGAGGAGAAACCUGAGCCUGAACCAAUAUAUACCAUUGCCCACUGUAUGGGCAGCGUGGCAUUCGCAACAGGGCUACUCGACGGCACCAUUCCCGCAAAGUGGAUAAAGGGCGUGACAUGCAGUCAGGUAUUCAUGAACCCCAUCUGGAACUGUAUGAACAUGAUUAAGAUCCUGGCACUGCCGAUUCCGGCCGAUAGACUAUACCGCUUCUUUGCGGGUAAUUGGUUCAGCUGCAGUACAGGCAAAAAUGACAGCUAUGUGCAGAAGGCGUUGAACGAGUUGCUGCGGUUCAUGCCGGAUGAACGCAAGGAGAUUUGCAACAACGCAACCUGCCACCGAGUCUCCCUCGUGUUCGCACGCUGCUGGAACCACCGAAAUCUCAACGAGGCCACCCACCGACAGAUCGACCGCUUCUUCGGCGGUGUCAACAUGACCCUGCUACACUUGCUCAUGAAGCAGGGUUUCCAGGGCCACGUUAUGUCCAACGGUCCUUUAUAUGAGCGCCUCGAUACACCCGAGAACGUUCGCAAGCUCCGUGGCAUACCCUUCCUGCUGUUUGUUGGAGGUGACAACGCUGUGCUGAGCCCCGAGAGCACGGAGCGCACCUAUGAGGUGCUCACGGAUGCCUUCGGGACUCGCAAGGACGACGGCAUCGAGUACCGCCGUCGAGUCGUGCCUGAUUACGGACAUCUCGACUGCUGGAUGGGCCGCAACGCCUGGAAGGACGUCUAUCCAUUCGUUUUGACCGAAGUCGACCGUGUAGUGCGGGGGCCAAAAUACAAAUUCGAGGAGCCAAACGACGAAUUCAAAAUGUUGAUGGACUCAGGUGAACUUCUUGCACAAUGA